AUGUUUAUGAGAGCAGCAGCAGUCUUGCUUAUAGUAGUGUCAGGCUGGGCCUUCCAGGCAAUCCAGCCUCCCCGUCCAAAAAUUUGCGGCUCUCCGGACGGCCCUCCCAUCACCUCUUCCAGAAUUCAACUCAGAGACGGCAGGCAUCUGGCCUACAAGGAAGUGGGAACAACCAAGGAGAAGGCCAAGUACAAAAUCAUCGUCGCCCAUGGCUUGGAUGGCUCUAAAGACUUCACCAUACCUGCCUCUCGAGAACUGGUAGGUGAGUUGGGGAUAUACUUUCUGUCAUAUGACAGAGCAGGAUAUGGGGAGAGCGACCCGAACCCAAAGCGGACAGUGAAGAGCGAAGCUAUGGACAUUCAGGAGCUCGCCGACCAGCUGGAGAUCGGAGCAAAGUUUUACGUAAUUGGAGCCUCCAUGGGAGGUUAUGCUGCCUGGAGCUGUCUGAACUACAUACCCCACAGGUUAGCAGGAGCAGCCCUUGUAGUGCCAAUCAUUAAUUACUGGUGGCCUUCAUUUCCUGCCAAUCUGACAAGGCAGGUCUACGAGAAGAAGCUGGUGCAGGACCAAAGGACACUUUGGAUUGCACACCAUAUUCCUUCCCUGUUAUACGCAUGGAUGACUCAAAAAUGGCUCCCCACAUCGGCUGUUAUUCAGAGGGACCCAAGAAUUUACAGUGAUCUAGAUAAAGAAAUUCUCCAGAAGAUGGCAGAGUCAAGUGUGUUCCAGGAUAAGGCAAGACAACAAGGUGUUUUCGAGUCUCUCCAUCGAGACCUGAUAGUUGCUUUCAGCAACUGGGAGUUUGACCCAAUGACUAUGAACAACCCAUUCCCCCAAGAUGAAGGCACCGUUCACAUCUGGCAAGGCUAUAAAGAUAGGCUGAUCCCAGUGGAACUACAACGCUAUGUUGCACAAAAGCUUCCUUGGAUACGGUAUCAUGAGAAUCCUGAAGGCGGGCACCUGUUUUUCCUAAUUGAUGGUUGGGCUAACACCAUCCUCAAGGCACUUCUGCUUGGACAGGAGGCCACUGUUAUAUAA